AUGGGGCAACACGCACAAAGCAACCAUAUGCCCCCCCAGAUGGAAAUCCCAGGGUAUGUCCGGAUCAGGUCACACAACACAAGCAACAGUCAAUUCCGGAAUUUGUUUCUUGCCCAGGAGUUGGUAGGUGGAAAGCAACCCGAGCCUGGAUAUGCUGGAUCAGCUCCGCAGACUGCCAUCGGAAGCAAGAUGUCAAGCGGUGGUGACGCUACUAUUUGGGCGGCUGAGUUCAGCCCGAGCGGCCGGUACUUGGCCGUCGCAGGCAAGGAUCGGUCCAUCAAACUGUUCAAGGUCAUCUCCACAGAAGAGGAGCGUUUGGCACAGCAGAGAUGUGAGAAUGGGACUAUACUAGGAUCGAAGAGCCUUUCAGCACCAGUAUUUCUAUCUAGGCCUUACAGAGAGUUCAAGGGCCACUCAGCCGAGAUCUUAACUUUGAGUUGGAGCAAGAAUGACUUUUUACUCUCAGGCUCGACAGACAAGACUGUUCGCUUGUGGCACCCAAGUCAGCCAACAUGCCUUCGCGUAUUUCAGCACGACAGGACUGUGACCUCAGUUGCGUUCCAUCCCACUGACGACCGCUUCUUUCUCUCUGGAUCUUUCGACGCUAUACUAAGGCUUUGGGAUAUUACAAGAACUUCGAUAAUUCACUCAUCACCCAUGGCGGGUAUCAUCACCGCUGUAGCUUUUUCGCCGGAUGGCAAGGUCGCAAUAUGUGGUAGCUUCGAUGGGAUUUGUAUCUUUCUCAACACCACCGGAUUGACGGAAAGAAGUCGAAUAUGUAUCCAGUCUUUUGGCUCCAACAGCACAGUCAGCUUCAAGAUUACAGGUCUACAGACCAUGGUUUCCUCUGACAGCAUCGACCCGACCCGCCAAGCAAAGUUAAUGAUCACGACAAAUGACUCACGAGUUCGCAUCUACAAUCUGGCCGACCAUGGCUUAGAACAUAAGCUCGAGGGAAUAAGAAGCCAGUCGAGUCAAAUCCAUGCUCGUUUCAACGACAGUGGAGAAUAUGCCAUAUGCGGCAGCGAAGACGAUGAGGUUCACAUCUGGCACUUGAAUUCUAGGGAACCGAAGGAGUCUCAUGAGAAAUUCCAUACACACUCUGAGGCGGUCACAACUGCCGGGAUGGCUCCAACUAUUACUCGAGAGAUCCUAAGUCUCUCGCAGGAUCCGAUCUACAAUCUUUGCGAUUGUGGAACUUCUGGCCGCAGCGAGUUGCACGGUCAUAAGAACAAUACAGCAAACACUUCGUGCAUAACCGAAACGGCUCUUGAUUCUUCCUCAAAGGCAACAAUGAUGAUGAACCAUGCGUCGUAUAGUGGCUCUAGCAGCCAUUCUAGUGGUCACAUAAUCGUCACAACAGAUACUAUGGGCAAGAUAAAGGUAUACCGCCAGAACUGCGCCUUUGAUAAGCGCUACGGUAUGCCUCAUGGCUAUCUGGUUACUUGA